UCUAGAUAUUGCUCUUGCCUUCCACCUAACCCGCUUGCUUGAACAUGUCUUCACCUCCACCUGGGUCCCCGAAACGGGACGACAAGUUCGAACAGCUCGUACGCGACUAUUUUCAAAUGUUUCUAAAUCACAAUGACACAGAGUUUUGGGGCAUCGAUGCAAGCCGAAGCAGCCUCCGCUUGGAAUUCGCGACACGAGAUCCCCAGCCGCGCGCCUCGUACCUCCUAACCGUGACCCAGAACCUCUGCAAUCUCAUGGGUAACCUCCAUGGAGGCUGUGCGGCAACAAUCAUCGACAUACUCACGUCAACUGUUUUGAUUGCCAUGUCGAAACCCGGCAUCUUCACUUCAGGAGGAGUAAGUCGGAAUCUCAAGGUCACAUAUCUGCGUCCAGUGCCGGAGGGGACAGAGGCUAGGGUGAUCUGCGAGGUGGUGCACAUUGGACGCCGGCUUGCGUACCUCCGGGCUGAGAUACGGAGGGCUGAUACGGGAGCAUUAUGCAUGAUUGGAGAGCAUGAGAAGGCAAACACGGACGAUCCCCAGGAGAAGAUAUGAGAUCAUGAUUUCGGUAUGAGUCUUGUUUUCCCGUUGGUCACUAGAAGGGGGAGACAUGGUCUUGAGCAUGGACGAUUCAUGGCUACAUUGUUUGGUGUGAUUUAAUAUUUUCCCAAGACUUCACAUGCUCCAUGCAGAAGUGUCGUUUCCUGCUUGGACACAGGGCCGAUGGUUUGAUUGUGCGUAGAAAUGGAGAGAAACAUUACCAUAGGUCUAUAUGUCGUAUGCAUGGGAGCCAGCAAGCUUGUCAUCUCAA